AUGGCUUCUAAAGUCAACAGGUUGAGAGCUCCUUUCAUGUUCACAAGGGAAGUGACUGUUGUCUCUCUGCAGGAUCGUAGCAGUGCUGAGGCAGGUUCCCUUCCAGCCACUGACCUUUUAUGCCACCGUGAGAGCCAUGGACACGAUCACACACUACGUAAUGAAAACAAUGAAGAAAAACAUCACACGGUUCACACUGACAGGUAUUUCCAUGCAUACAAUGAGCGGUUCACAAACGUAUCCAAGUUCAUAAUCCUUGCUCCGGGGGAUGAAGUCUCCAUGCCUGACAACUCCCGUUAUUACUUUCCCUACCUAGAAGGAGAGAAGCAUCUCCAGCGAGACUUCAGAAUGAGGAUAGGAGCUGGAAAUACUUUUCGAAACAACGUUGUUAAAUGGACCAAGACCAAUGUUGAUCAUGUGAAACACCCAUUAGGAUGGGAGAAUAUUACAGGAUAUGAUAUAAUGGCAUAUUCAUGGUGGAGGUUUAUGAAUGACUCUGCUGCACCCCCACACUGGCUAGUGCAAUUCCCGAUGGUCAAGGCCACUGUGAGAGCCAUGGACACAGUCACAGACUAUGUGAUGAAAACGUAUUAUCAAAACAUCACACAGUUCACAUUAACAGGUGUUUCCAUGGCUGGCUGGGUCACUUGGCUGACAGCAGCAGUUGACAGGAGGGUUGCUGCAAUCAUUCCCAUUGGCAUGGAUUUGCUGAACUUCACUGAGAAUUUCCACCAUCAAUACCGAGUGUACUGUGGUUGGUCUUACAUGUUGAGACCCUUCUAUGAGAUGAAUAUAACUCAGGUGUUGGACAAUCCCUGUUUCAGUGAUCUGGCUUCGCAUGUGGACCCAUUGGCAUACAAUCAGCGAUACACAAACAUAUCCAAGUACAUAAUCAUUGCUUCAGGGGAUGAGUUUUUCCAGCCUGACAACUCACAUAAUUACUUUUUCCAGCUAGAAGGAGAAAAACAUCUACAAAUCAUUCCCAAUAUUGAUUACAGAUUUCAGGAUAAUUUGAGACUAUUAAAGACAAUCCUAGUUUAUUACAGUUACAUCAUAAAUAAUGAACUACGGCCCUUCAUCUCUUGGCAGAGAGCAACGACAAAUACCUCUGGAAUCAUCUAUUUCAAUUCAUCCUCAACACCCUCUGAAAUUUUCUCUUACCAUGCCGAUACCGUUGAUGGUUCCAGGUAG